UCGAGCGUCUCCCUGAAUGAUGCCAUUUGAAGCACGGCUUCUGCUGAUAAGCGUGGGACCAUCUGCUUGGCACAUCUCAAAUAUUUUCAGCAGUGGGAGAGCGGUUCUGCUUUCUUCAGGGAAGGAGGCUGCCGCCGUCCUUGGAGACGUGGGACCGGAGACCCUGCAGGCUGGCAGGGUGGCGGGGCCCCAGGACGCGAAGGGACGCCGUCCCUGCUGUCACCUCUGACCCUCCCUGAGCAAAUGGAGCUAGUGAGUCUGCGCCCCAGGUUUGAAUUGUUCAGCCGUUCUUGGCAACCAGAGUAAGAUCUUCCCUCUUCAAGAACCUAGUGCCCGGUGAACUCUCUCUGUGCCAGCUGUUGUGACGAAAAUUACCUGAAGAGCCCCUGCCUGAGGCCUCCUCAUGGAUGAGUCGAACGUGACGUCAUUCGUCGAUGAGAAGUUCACCAACGCCUCCACCGCCAGGAAUACCUCGGCUGGAGACCUGCGUCGGGAAAUCCCAAUUGUGCACUGGGUAAUUAUGAGCAUCUCCCCUCUGGGCUUUGUCGAAAAUGGAAUCCUCCUCUGGUUCCUCUGCUUCCGGAUGAGAAGAAAUCCCUUCACGGUCUACAUCACCCACUUGUCUAUUGCAGACAUCUCAUUGCUCUUUUGUAUUUUUAUUCUGUCUGUUGACUAUGCCUUAGAUUAUGAGCUCUCUUCGGGCUAUUACUACACGAUCGUCACAUUAUCAGUGACUUUUCUGUUUGGCUACAACACGGGCCUCUAUCUGUUGACGGCCAUUAGUGUGGAGAGGUGCCUGUCUGUCCUCUACCCCAUCUGGUACCGAUGUCAUCGCCCCAAGCACCAGUCGGCAUUUGUCUGUGCCCUCCUGUGGGCACUUUCGUGCUUGGUAACCACCAUGGAGUAUGUCAUGUGCAUUGACAGUGAAGGGCAGAGUCACUCUCAAAGUGACUGCAGGGCGGUGAUCAUCUUCAUUGCCAUUCUGAGUUUCCUGGUCUUCACUCCCCUCAUGGUGGUGUCCAGCACCAUCCUAGUGAUUAAGAUCCGAAAGAACACGUGGACGGCCCAUUCCUCAAAGCUGUACAUAGUCAUCAUGGUCACCAUCAUCAUCUUCCUCAUUUUUGCUAUGCCCAUGAGGCUCCUCUAUCUGCUCUAUUAUGAAUAUUGGUCAGCCUUUGGAAACUUGCACCAUAUUUCUCUUCUCUUCUCCACAAUCAACAGCAGUGCCAACCCUUUUAUUUACUUCUUCGUGGGCAGCAGUAAGAAAAAGCGGUUCAAGGAGUCCUUAAAAGUGGUUCUGACCAGGGCUUUCAAAGAUGAAAUGCAACCCAGGCGCCAGGAAGACAAUGGCAACACCACCACAAUUGAGACUGUGGUCUGAGGACAGUGGCAGGAAACCAUGGACAAAAAUGGUGGGGCACAGAUUAUUUGUACUUUGUGCUUGGACUACCACUUCAGUGUGUCCUAAAUAUGGCACGGAAGGAUGCCUCAUCACCUGCAUGAGAUACUCAUUGAUGAUAAGACCCUAUCCUUGUACUGUAUCUUCUGAAAAAACUCAAAAUAUGUUGGACCUCUAUCAUUUCUGUACCUAUGAAGAAACCUUCGGUUCCUCCUCAGCUCUUCCAGCAGCACUUCCCAUGAAUUGUAGAAAUUACUCUGGCAAGAAC